AUGAGCGAUCCGGCCGUGCGGCAAGCGUACCGCCGCCUGCUGCGCGCCGCCCUACGCAAGCUCCUGCGUGAGGAUAUCGAGGUGCCAGCGUCGGGGCCGUACGCUGAGCAUACCAUGGCGCUCUUUCUGUUUGCAUCCUUGUAUGCGCGCCCUGUGCAUGGCCCCUGCCAAGAGGGUGGGGGGCUAUGGCGCCCUGAUAGCACCUCGCGCGCCGCGCACCUUGCACACAACCUCACAGCGAACCUUGCGUCGCUGACCUACCAUCACCUGUCGCCCAAUACCCCCAUGCAGCGCAAGCGCGCCGGCGGCACGCCGAGCAGCACAGCGGCACGCAAGCAAUCGGUCGUGACCGAGGCGCUAUCUGCUCUGGACGAUACGUCGUCCGAGCCUACGUCGACGCAGCAUGUCGACGUGCUGCGCGUGCUCCCCAAACCCGUGCGGGGCCCGGCCGGUUUCAAGCCGGUGUACUGGGACGCCCAGCACCCCGAAAAGCACCUGCGUGCAAGCAGUGCAGCCGAGCUUGAGGCGCUGCAAACGCGGCUUACCGAGCUGGCCGAGCAGUACGCCGCACUCACCGAGGCGCACGGCCCCAAGGACAAGCGCACAAUUGACGCAAAAGCGCGCAUGGUCGACCUGCGUGGCUCGCUCAAAGGCAUGCGCAAGGCCGAGGUGAACCGCCACGCAGAAGAAGAGCUCGCUGCACGCCCAAAGCGCGCGCUCUACGACCUGGUCCAAGGGCUCGCAGCGAGCGAGUCGCUGUGGCUCGGUGUGCCGCGCUGGACGCGGUGGAUGAACGGCGAGUACCUUGCCCCGUAG